AUGGAAUAAGGAGUUUUUUUGUGGAAGAUGUAAUUGUUUGUCAUUUUAGGAAAUUAAAUAUACUACUCGCCUAGCUCCUAAUUAAGAUAUAUUAGUAGGUUUUCUUAACUAGAUUUUCAUCUGUAAUAGUAGAUUAUCAAUAUGGUUAAUAAAUAAUUAGUACUAAUUGUUUAAAUUAAUAUUUUGAUAAUUAUUGAAAUUAUGAUUUGUCCUAUAAAUAAAUAACUAAAUAAAUAAGUAUAAAGAAAUAUUAAUUAAAAUCAUCAUCAACUUAUUAUUAUUAAAUAUUCAAGUACAAUUAUCUAUCAAUAGUUAUAUAAGAGAUUUGAAAUAUAUUACACUUUGUAUGAUAAUAUUUAGUUAUAAGAAUGAAGGUUAUUUAGAAUAAUUUGAUGAUAUAAGACCAAUUUGCUAAGAAGGUUGGAUUCUAGAUGAAUUUCUAGAAAAUUGUAAUCUAUUUUGUGGCGAUGGAAUUAUUCAAGAAUAAUGCAAUGAUUCUAAUUUGAGAUUUAGUUAUCUUGUUAUUUAUGCGAAUAUUCAACAUGGAUAUGAUAAAUGUGAAUUAAAUUGUGAUUUAAGAUUUUAAUUUUGAAUAGGUUAGAAAUUUCGGCUCUUUAAUUUUGGAUGGGAACUAAAAGAUAAUAAAUGUUAUUCUUUUUCGGAGAUGGAUUAAUUGAUUUGCAUUCAAUUGAAUAAUGUGAUAGUUCAUAUAUAUUUAAUAAUGAAACCACUAAAUGUGAAAAGAUUAAAUCAUUAGACUAUGAAAAUAAUGAUAUUAAUAACACUACAGAUGAUUUUGAUAUUACAUUUCAUUAUGUAUGCAGCAAUAAUUUCAUCUUAAAAAGAAGCGUUAAUUAAUGUGAAAAUAGUUUGCUCAAUUCAAAAAAUGAAUAAUUUGAUGAGGGAAACUUCAAUGAAGAAGAUGGAUGUUCUGAUUAUUAUAUUGAAGAAGAUUUCUAUUAAUGUCAAAAUGAUGAAAACAGCAUGCAUUUGUUCUUAUAUUCAAUCUCCUGA